UCAGGAUUUAGUGCUUCUUACACGCCCAUGCCGGUACCACGCGCCUCAUACACGCUCCCUUCGAUUAUUCUUCAAUCGAUACCAUUGCGAAAUCCAACGUUUCACCCGAGGAACUAGCGUACCUUCUCGGAUGUAUAACGUGAUUUUUCGAUUUACAAUUCGUUCCACGGAGGUGAUCGUUCGGUACGGUGAUUGAAGAAUGCGAGGAAUUUUCGUUACCAGUGUUUCUGUGUUCCUUUUAUAAUAGACAACGGUGCGAGUGAUUUGAGGAAUGCUAUACAGCGACAGAAAAGUUUCCUCGUAAUGUCGAAAAUUCUCCUGGAAUUUACGAGCAUAAACAGACGCCGAGAAGCUGCAAUCUAAUCGAAAGUCUCGUACCGAGCCUCUAUCUCGUCGAGAUACCGUGGUAACAGGCAGCACUACGCCAGGCACGUUAUUAAGAGAUAAAAAUGCAGUUAAAAACUAUCACUCCGGUAGAAGCCACGCGUCGUUCUUGUAAAGGAGUCUCGAAGGAAGCUUCUGGAUUCUCGGGCAAGCUAUAUUCAGGAACUUUUAGUCUCGAAGCACAUCCUUAGGUAAAUGAGCUCUUAUCUCGAGUUUUGCACGGAGCCAUCGCAAAAACGUCACGUGCCAAGUGUACACUCAUACUUUCUCAUACUCUCUUGCACAUGCAGAUACACAAAUCCAUUGGAUCUGCUUCGAGAUUUUAUCUGUUAUUCCCGUUCAUCUUCUUCACAGCGACAUGCGAACAAACUUUCUUUUUGGCUUUCAUAAAUAAAGAAAAAGGUAAAUAGCGUUCCUUCGUGCGACAAAGCUCGGCCGUGUACAAUCUAUAUAUAGUGUACUACAUAUAGUGUUCGUGCAAAGUGUUCGUUCGAGCAUCAAGUGUCCACGAUGUGAGGGUGAACCAAGAAAACGAGUCACUUCGCGCGUGUACGUGUGUUCGAGACAGUACACGGUGGAAUGUUAGUGGCGGUAAGUUGGUCCGUUUUCAGUUGGUUGCGAAAUCCCUCGUCACGCGACAACAGGGAAGGAAGACGAGAAGGAAGAAAGGAAGGAAGGAAGUCGACGCUGGUGGAGGAGGCAUUAUUAAAUCGGCCGGCCCGUAAUCCGGUCGUGUUGCUCGCGUUUACGUGGCCGAGGCGAAAACUAUGCGGCACGAGGCACGAUGAAGGGGCCAAGAAUCGGUGGCCUACCGAGCGGGAAAAAGCUGGACUUCUGCCAGGAGCCGCGUCACACUUGGACAGUGUUGCUGGUGUAUUUGGGCAUCUGCGCCUUGCUGCCUGUCACGAUUCUCUCCGCGCCUGUGCAACUUCGUGAAAUAUCGAAGGAGGGUUCGCAGCGGCGACCAAACGAUGCCAAUAAUGACUCAGCCGAAGGGGAUUUGCCCGUUUUUGAACCGACAGCGGCGAACGUCAGCGCAUUCGUCGGACAGACCGUGUACCUGCCAUGCCGCGUGCGAAAUUUGGGAGAUAAAGUGGUGCAUGGAGGUAGCAAGGAGAUAUCGAAGGACGACCCUGUUCUUUGUGAAUUUCUACGGCAUGAAAAAAUCGAACUGGCUGCAACGUUUCCCACGAGGAUUUCGCCGAGAGAUCGAAAGCUCUGGUUCGGAAAACGUGCAACUGUGUCCUGGAUGAGAAGCAAAGACCUCCACAUUCUCACGUCAGGAAACACUCUGUUCAGCUCGGAUACGAGAUUCGGGCCUCAGCAUACACCGGGUAGCGACGCGUGGACGCUCAGGCUGGACAACGCCAAGAAGACAGACACCGGCAAGUACGAAUGCCAGGUGAACACCGAGCCCAAAAUGAUGUAUGCUGUUCAGCUGUCCGUGCGAGAUCCUGACAAACCGGAGGGUUACGACGAGCCACACUCUCAGCAAACGCGAAUAAGUUACGAGAGCACGGCACCAGUGGCUGCCAUAAUGGGUCCACGGGAGCAGAGGGUGCCAUCGGGGUCGACGAUCACCUUGAGAUGCGUCAUAUUGUCCCCGUAUCAGACGCGGCCCAUCAGGGGCGUGCAAUGGCUCCGGGAUAACAAACUCCUAACAUUCCAGGCUGCGCGAGGGGGAAUAAACGUGGAGACUGAAAGAGGCGCGGCUCGAACAGUCUCGGAAUUGACUCUGGCGGCGGUCACGCCGCACGACGUCGGAAAAUAUUCGUGCAGACCAACAGAGGGACGAACCGACACUGUAAUGCUGAUCGUCGAACCAGGAGAACGUACGGAAGCCAUGCAACGUGACGCCGGAUACGUCUCUGGCGGAUGUGACGUCAGGCACUGGGCCGGGCUUCUACUUCCGUUCUCGUGGUUUCUAAUACUCGCACGAAACAGCCAAACUUUCCUGCAAUAGCGCACACUACGACAGUAUUUCACGCGCGUUUCUCUCGUCCUGUCCCUAUUCUCUCGUUCUUCCCGUCGACGGGAGAGAAAGUACCUAGAAAUUCGACCAAACAGCGAAUAGAUCGUAAGUUAGAUACGUAGGAAUUAUUGAUAAGAGGGUAACGAGGAGCCAUUACACGUAACAGAAACACCGCCAUGGUGUUCCCAUUUGAAUUUCACAGCCAACUCGAUUUACAGAGAUUAUUCGCAGCUUACACGGCAUGCUUGAUGAAAUAAUUCUGAAAUUCAUUUCGAGAUUGAUUUGAUUGAAAAGAGAAUUGAUUCCGGUUUGAAGAGUACAGGUAGAAAACAUGAUAAGUAGAUUGUGUAUAUUUAUGCAAAUUUGUAUUUUUAUGAAUACGAUUAAAAUGAUGGAAGCUAGCGAGAGAUUUGUUUUUCCUGCUAUAUGUUAUAAUUGGUACUGCAUUUUGGAUAUUUUACACACUUUUGCGCAGUACGCGUAUUCUGUGCAAAGUCAAUUCUGUUCGCAGUCUAACGAUGAGACUUUAUAAAGGAAUAACGAUUAUUCUCAUAGUUUUACCAUGUGUUCUUCGUUCUUUUCGGCUAUGGAGUUACUUCUAUCGUAUUGCGUGUCUGGCAAUAAGUAACAAAACGAUGCAUCAAAUACGUAGCGGUGAUGGUAGAUAGUUGAGUGGAAUCGAUUAGGAUAGUUUAACGGCAAUCGACAAUUAUUGAAACACUAGAGAACAUCCGCGCUUCGCGAACCACUCUGUAUCUCCGAGAUUACUUUAAAAACCGACGCAUAGCGAUUGUUCGCUUGUUUUUUAAUCGGAAGCAAAUUUCAAAUAUUUGAAUUUACAAAACGAUGGUAUGGAAAUAACGAGCCUUUUAGUCGAUUCACAGUACUUUCCACGUUACUCUUCCUGCUUCAAUGUUGAAUUUCCGCACGAUGUGGAUUAUUCUCUUUAAGAAUUAUUAAGAAGAUCGAGCAAUCCGGGGCAAUUCGUCGGAAAAAGUGGUAGAAACGAGAGUCGUUGAAGGAACCUUUGGUAAAUUUAUUUUUUACGUAAAUAAUUCAGUAAGUGAGCCGCAGCGGCGAUCUGAGAACGGUGUCGGAACGUCUUUUUCACUACGCUCUUGCAAUUCACGACGCUUCUUUGAGCGUCCCUCUUCAAGUCAAUGGGAUUAAAGUGGCCGAGUAACGUCAAAGGAUGUGCAAGUAAUUUGAUAUCCUGUAUCUUAACUCCGCCGAUGCCUCUUUGCAACCAGGGAACAGCAUUAAUGAAAUUUUUUUCUUCGUUCGUAAUUCGAUUCGUGGAACAUGAGAAAAAUAACAGCCGUUUGCGAUAAUUUUACACAUGAACGUCGAGUGGUUUUCAAUUAUUUUCUCACUCGGAUGUGGCAAACAAACCAAUUUUCUUUUAUUUCUCUUACCGACAUUUCUCUGUUUUAUCGUUACAUAAGUGGAUAAAGGAAUGUUUAAAAUUGGAAGUAUGAAUUAGUAACUUUUAUGCUAGACGCUCUCUAUCGUAUUGAUAAUAAUCGUCUACUUUUAUUUUAAGAAAUGGAAUCUUCCCAAAUUUCGAAGCGAAUUUGAAUUUCAUUACAAAUUCAAGUCUACACUGAAAGCAAUUAGAGGAUCGAUGAACAUAAUUCAAUUCGUAGAAUUAUGAUGUGCUUUCUUACUGUGUAUCUUACAAAUUUUCUUUACCACGUUAUAUAUAUAAUAUGAUUAAUUUAAUUCUCAGAAAACGAUGGCUUUUCUUCACAAAGUUGGUCAAUUUAGUCUCGAUAUGGCUUGUUAAACGUACAAUUCGCAGUUAUCCUCGCUAGUUUCAGGUUUAUUUAUGAGCGUACCUUAACGGUCUUAAAUGGUCUUAAACACGCACAAUUAACGCCACGAUUAAGAUAGUAUUUAUUAUUACGAUACCUUAAGUAGACCUUUGAUCAUUAUUGAAACGAAUUUGUCUGUAUAUUAGAAACAAUAGGUUUAUAAAGGCACAAAGAUAUUAAACUGUAUCUUUAAAAUAUUUAAACACGCUUUGUACGAUAUUUCUAAAAUAAAACCUUUCGAAUCGCA